AUGGCACCAACAAUCAAGAACGUCGCUCUCGCCGGCGCCGGCGGCAACCUGGGCCCGUCCCUCCUCAAGGCCCUCAUGGACUCCAACAAAUUCACCAUCACAAUCCUAACCCGCAAAACCGGCUCCCAAAAGUUCCCCACGGGCGUCACAGUCAAAGAGGUAGACUACGAGUCCCUCGAUUCCCUAACCCAGGCCCUAAAGGGCCAAGAUGCCCUCAUCAACUCGACAAACAGCUUCGACCCCAAAGUAGCAACCUGCGUCGUCGACGCCGCCGUCGCCGCAGGCGUCUACCGCUACAUCCCGCCCGACUUCGGCCUGGACCCAACGCGCGCCCACGUGCCCAGCCUGCCCAUCUUUGGCAUAAAGGCCCUGACGCACGGCCACAUGCAGCAAAAGGCCCAGGAGACGCCCGGCGGCAAAUUCACCUACACCAUCGUCACCAACGGGCCCUUCCUCGACUGGGGCAUCCGGUCCAGCUUCAUGGGCGUCGACGUCAAGAACAAGAAGCUCUCGCUCUUCAACGACGGCGACAACGUCAUCCCCUACACGAUGCUCGCCGACGUCGGCAAGGCUGUCGUGGGCACCCUGCUGCACCCCGAGGAGACGGCCAACAGGAUCGCGUACAUUCAGUCCGCCGUCAAGUCGCAGAAGCAGAUGGGUGCGCUCGCUCAGGAGGCCGUGAGCGGUUCGUGGGAGACGACGACUGUCGACGUUGACGCGAUCUACGCGAACUGUAUGGAGUCUAUCAAGAAGGGUAUCAUGACGCCUGAUGUGAUGUACCCCCAGCUCUUGUACGCGUGCUCCAAGAAGGAGUUUGCCCAGCCGUGGGCGAAGAGCGACAACGCGUUGCUUGGCAUCAAGGAAAUGAGCGACGAUGAGCUGAAGGCGCUGUACAAGCAAAUUGCUUCGGAGUAA